CGGUGUUCGGGGCCCCUCAGGCGCUUUCAGACCUUCUGCAGGGAGCGGGCACCCGCCACCGGCCGGUAAAACGCCUUGUUAGAUGGUCGGUAAACAGCAGCCGGAGAACGCCGGAGGAGAGCUCAAGGAUGGGCAGCGCCACUACGAGGGAGCCGUCGUCAUACUGGAUGCCGGAGCGCAGUACGGGAAAGUCAUAGAUCGUCGGGUGCGCGAGCUGUUCGUCCAGUCCGAGAUCUUCCCUUUGGAAACGCCAGCCUUUGCAAUCAGAGAACAAGGGUUUCGAGCUAUCAUUAUAUCUGGAGGACCAAACUCUGUGUAUGCAGAAGAUGCACCAUGGUUCGACCCAGCAAUUUUUACAAUAGGAAAACCAGUUCUUGGAAUCUGCUAUGGCAUGCAGAUGAUGAAUAAGGUAUUUGGAGGUACGGUGCACAAGAAGAGUGUUAGAGAAGAUGGAGUGUUCAGCAUUACUCUGGAUAAUACGUGUUCACUGUUCAGGGGCCUUCAGAAGGAAGAGCUUGUGCUCCUCACUCACGGAGAUAGUGUGGAUAAAGUAGCUGAUGGAUUCAAAGUGGUUGCACAGUCUGGGAACAUUAUAGCAGGCAUAGCAAAUGAAUCUAAAAAACUGUAUGGAGCGCAGUUCCACCCUGAAGUUAGCCUCACAGUGAAUGGAAAAAUGAUCCUGAAAAAUUUUCUUUAUGAUAUUGCGGGAUGCAGUGGUACCUUUACAGUGGAAAACAGAGAACUUCAGUGCAUUCAAAAUAUCAAAGAGAAAGUGGGCUCAUCGAAAGUCUUGGUUUUACUCAGUGGUGGUGUGGACUCAACAGUGUGUACUGCUCUCCUGAACCGAGCUUUAAACCGAGAUCAGGUCAUAGCUGUACACAUAGAUAAUGGAUUUAUGCGCAAAAGAGAGAGUCAGUCUGUGGAGGAGGCACUCAAAAAGCUUGGGAUUCAAGUUAAAGUGGUGAAUGCAGCUCAUUCAUUCUAUAAUGGUACAACAACUCUGCCCAUCUCGGAUGAGGACAGAACUCCACGUAAAAGAAUUAGCAAGACCUUAAAUAUGACUACAAGUCCUGAAGAAAAAAGAAAAAUUAUUGGUGAUACCUUUGUUAAGAUUGCCAAUGAAGUUAUCGGAGAAAUGAAUCUGAAACCUGAAGAGGUUUUUCUUGCUCAGGGUACCCUCAGACCUGAUCUCAUUGAAAGCGCUUCCCUUGUUGCAAGUGGUAAAGCUGAAGUCAUCAAAACUCAUCAUAAUGACACAGAGCUGAUUCGAAAGUUAAGAGAAGAGGGUAAAGUAAUAGAACCACUGAAAGACUUUCACAAAGAUGAAGUACGAGUGCUAGGGAGAGAACUUGGUCUUCCUGAAGAGCUGGUUUCGAGGCAUCCCUUCCCAGGUCCUGGUCUGGCAAUCAGAGUGAUAUGUGCUGAAGAACCUUAUGUGUGCAAAGACUUUCCUGAAACAAACAACAUUUUGAAAAUAGUUGCAGAUUUUUCUGCAAGUGUUAAGAAGCCACAUACUUUGCUGCAAAGGGUCAAAGCAUGUACAACUGAAGAAGACCAGGAGAAGCUGAUGCAGAUUACAAGCCUACAUUCACUGAAUGCCUUCUUGUUACCAAUCAAAACUGUGGGAGUGCAGGGUGACUGUCGUUCAUAUAGCUAUGUUUGCGGCAUCUCUAGUAAAGAUGCUCCACACUGGGAGUCUCUUAUGUUUCUUGCCAGGCUCAUACCACGCAUGUGCCACAACAUAAACAGAGUUGUGUACGUGUUCGGUCCACCGGUCAAAGAACCUCCUACAGAUGUCACCCCCACUUUCCUGACAACAGGAGUCCUCAGCACUUUACGUCAAGCUGAUUUUGAGGCUCACAAUAUCCUCAGGGAGUCUGGUUAUGCUGGAAAAAUUAGCCAGAUGCCAAUAAUACUGACACCGUUGCAUUUUGAUCGGGACCCCCUACAGAAACAACCUUCCUGUCAAAGAUCUGUGGUUAUUCGAACUUUUAUUACAAGUGAUUUUAUGACUGGUAUUGCAGCAACUCCUGGUAAUGAGGUUCCAGAAGAGGUUGUGUUAAAAAUGGUGGCAGAGAUUAAGAAGAUUCCUGGCAUUUCUCGGGUGAUGUAUGACUUGACAUCAAAGCCACCAGGAACUACGGAGUGGGAGUAAUUAACUUUUUUCUAUUAAAGUACUGUGUGCAGUCUAAAUCAUAUCAGAAACCAUUCCCAGUGUUGACAUGCAGUACUGUGAAAGAGUGACUGGAGCUGCUACAUCGCAUCAGAUUCCUCUCCUGGAGCAUAGACCUGCAGUUAAGAGCUGUGCUGGGGAUAAUAACUACGUGGGGCUGAGGAUUUGUACGGGUAAAUAAUCAUGGCAGCAUUGCCGGUGCGCAGACAGAUUCCUAUUGCUUUUGCCUUUGUCUUACCAAUUCUUCCCGUUUUCAUGUGUUUUAUUGUUAACUGUCAUUUCAAUGUCUCUUUGUUUUUGUACACUGUGUAAAAAGAGACAGUUUAUUUACUUCUACCAAAAGCAUUGUUACAGCCUAAAAAUGUAAAAUGAAUUCUUUGUGACCAACUGCUUUUGAACGGAUUUAUUAUAAAUAAAUAUUUUGCCAAAUGGAGUAGUGGGUACUGUUGAGUUGUGGAAUUACUGUGUAUCGGUUGUGUACUGUUUAGCCUGUUCUAUAUUGUUUGACAUAUUAGCCCAUGGCAAUAACGUUGAGCUCCGAAAGAGCAAUGCUAAAAUAUGAAAUUACCUCUGUCUGUCUUUCUGUACUCGCUCCCUCUUGCAUUGCUCGGUAGGUGUGCGUGUUGGUAACAGAUGUGUAUACACCGGCUAAUCUUUAGUAUACACUUACUGCAUGUAUGCAUAUGUCAAAUUCCAGACAGUGAAGUGUCUUUGUGUGCUUCUGAGGACUCUGAUAGAAGCGUAAAAAUGGGAGUGCAGUUUGGAAAGCUGUUGCACCAGAGCUACUGGACCUGCGAAUCCUGUUUCUGUCCUCCGACGCUUGUGCAACAGUCCCUUCGCAGCCUGCUGCUGAUGUGCUUUCCUUAUACUUGAUGACAGUUUACUUUCUACGCAUUUGCUUUUACGGGAAUUUUUUUUUUGUAUGUAUUGUAUUUAGCUUGAUCUUUAAGAUCAUUAUAGUGGUUAGUGUGGAGUCAUGGUAUCAGAGGUGACUUACCCCAUCUGUAUAGAUCCCUUCUGUCAUUCAUAUUCUGCUGUUCAUGUAGUUAAGUAAGCAAUAAUUUGAGAGAUGGUUACUUUGGACACCUGUGCUUUUCUGAUGUAUUGAGGCAAAGCUGUUUCCAUCCACCUGAGAAUUUUGAGCAUGUCCUGCGAUUGUUGUCUGUGAAAAUAACAGUUGAAUUCUGACCUGACCAGCUUGCUGGGUGCCUGCUGGGUAUCUCCGCCGGUGGAACCGUAACCGUGUAUCCAAGCUCAUCCCUCUUAUCCCUUUGUUUUAAUUUAAGCAGCUGCAUUUCAUUCAGCUGCAAGAUUACCGUAGUAUUACGGAGUAAAAUACUUGUUUUAAACUGUUCAAUAACAUGGAGUAUUUCAUGGCUGUAGCUACUUAUAUUUCCACUUGCAUAGAUUUGUGAACUGGAAUAAUGGUUGAAAGUGUUUGUUCUAUAUUCUUUUGAUUGGACACUUUUUCCUGUUGUUCUUACACUUACUGCUUACCCAUUAUGGAAAUUUAGUUUAAUUUCUGCUUACAGGAAAUGGCUAACUUGUGUAAAUUUAUUCUUUUGCCUGUGUCAUUGAGUGGUGGUUUUUCACUUGGGGGAGGAGAUGGUGUGUUACAGCCCUCUGCUCUUUGAAACCCUUGGGGGACACAGGCAUGCAGGAGAGCAGCAGACCAGUGGCUGGUAUUAUUUGGAGUCAGGAACACUGCCUCCCCCUCGCAGCCCUGCUCAUGGCAGGGUUUUGUAGCUUGGGCAAAUUCAUCUUAAUCGAUAUCUCAGUUGCUUCCUUUAUAAAAUGGGGGUAGUAAUUCUCACCCGCAUCUGUCAUAACCUCUUUGAGCCCUUUGGAUGAGCUUUUUGUGAUGUAAGUGAAGUAUUACCAAUACAAAUGUUCUUUUAUUACUGGAUUGCGAUCUGUAAGAGCUAUUGGUCAAAAAUACUGUAAAUCGGUGUUUGCUGUGGCAGAAUCUGUUACAGCAUGGGUUCUGCUGACAACAAAUGUUCUUUGUAGCUUAUCUCAAAAGAAACCUCCCUAAUGAAAUUUUGGCCUUAGAGUACAUUUUAACUUUUUGUCAGAAAAAGUUGAGGAUAGUUGUUUUCAUUACUGUGUUGGUGUCUCAGAUGUAAAGGGUGCAAUGACAAGAAAUGAACCUUUUUGGUGUGAUGCAGAAAUCCUUCAGCCUUGUCAUGCUAUAGCAGCUGUUGCUUAUUGUAGUAGGCUUGCUCUUGCUGCUGCUGCCACCGGUUUGUGUUGCCUUGACAGCAAAUAGGCAAAAGAGGAGGAGUUACUAAAAAGUAAUGCAAAGAUUAUAGAGCACCUCUUAAACCCAAACCUUUCUCAGUUUUGACCGAGACACUUAGAUGGUCUCCGUGUAAAUAAAUCUGCAGUAUAUAGUCCCAUAGUUAUGAUGUAACUCACAAGAAAACUUGUGUGGCAAUGAUGGUGCACCUUGGGUUGGGGGUUACAGUAACUGUUGUACUUCUGGACCACAAACUUGCAGCAUACCUGGACAAAAAUCUUUUAUUCACUGCAUGCUGCGCACUUGGAAGUCCUUCUUGGAGUUGCGUCUUAACUAUAGGCAUGAUGUGUACCUGUAUACUAUGUGUAUACUGAAGUUUGACAUACACUUUUACCAUCUUUUAAUCACCUGGGUUGCUUUCAUGUCUGUAAUGAAAUGGAGCUUGACAGCAAUUCCUGUGCUCUUUAGGCACAUACUUUGGUUUUUUGGUUUGUUUUUUUUUUUAAGCCAGAAAGUUGAAUAUUGAAAAUUUUAGGCAUAAACUAUUGCACUAUAAUCAAAAUGUCUUAUUGAAAUUGAAUUUGUGAUCUUUAGUGCUCUUCCCCCUGUUUGACACCUGUGCCAUGCAUUGUAGAUGUGGUGGGUUGUUCUUAGGAAGGUUGGUGUUAUCAUCCCAGCGGUUCUUGAGUGUUUUUAUGGAAUCCAUGUGUAUCGGACAGCCAGAAGUGGAGAGAAACAUAAUACUCUGUUCACAUUUCUUAAAAAAUUAUAUUUAGUACCUAGUUUACAAACUAAUAACUGUAGCUGCCCUGUACAAUUGUUCACCUCGGGUCUUCAGUAAAACAUGUCAGCAGUUAGAGGAAUUUGUAUUGGGGGCAUUCCCCAUCAUUCUCAAUUUUUAACAUUUUUCUGCUUGUGAAAUGAUAAAGUACUGUGAGCCUUAAUUUUUAUCCACAAAUAAAAAUAUUAUGUUUGAA